AUGAGUUGCCGAAAUCAGAUUAUAAGCAGAAGUCAUGGAGUCUCUCCUUUUGGACGGCUUUCCUCCGGAACUUUUCCAGAGUGUUUAGAGUAUCUUGACAAACCCGCUUUCCUCAACCUACGUUUGACCAACCGUACCUUCUCUACUCUAUGCCGCCGCCACGUUGUUCACCUCGUCGCAGAAGAGAUGACGGCCAAGCGAGGCAUCAUAUGGAACACAGGAUCAUACAUACAUAAUGCUUCCAAAAAGGGCCUCCAUGAGAUCAUGUCAUUACUUCUGUCACUCAAGGUACCCGUAAACGAAGUUGACAUGUAUGGAGAGACGGCGCUUCACGUGGCAGCGCGCAGCGGCUGUGAGACUUGUAUACGGAGUUUGUUCCAUGCUGGCGCAGAUAUCGAUGUACAGAGCCGACAAGAAUGGACACCUCUCAUGCUCGCCGCAAGAUACGGGCAUGUCGAGGCUGUUGUUGAGCUGAUUCGUGACGGGGCUUCACUGAACCAGCGUGGGUUUCAUGGAUGGACGGCACUUCACGUUGCUGGGCAGCACGGGCACCAAGAAGUUCGAAACCUACUCAUCGAAGCAGGUUCAAGUGUAGAAGUUAAGGACAAUGACGGCGCUAAGGCUGGCACUGAGGCUAGCUUUGCUCGUUGUUGGGGCUGA